CAUAAUCGUCGACGUUUCUAUAGCGUUCGAUUUGUACGACGUAGCGUUCGCUAUAAAAUAUAUCAGUACAAUGAUAAUAUACAGCAGUACCACUAGAUCGUAGGAAUCAUGAACAUCUCCUUCGAAGGCAAGCGUGUUCUGGUGACCGGAGCCGGUCAAGGUAUCGGUAGAGAUUUGGCCCUUCGUCUGGCAAAGUAUGGAGCAACAGUAAUAGCACUUUCAAGAACGAAAAAGCACCUGGAUACUCUGACUCAAGAAGAUCCCAGGAUCCUUUCGGUGGUUGCUGAUCUUCGCGACUGGGACGCCAGUAGAAAGGCCAUAGAGAAUGUCCUUCCUGUAGAUCUUCUGGUGAACAAUGCAGCAAUCGCCAGUUUAUCGCCAUUCCUAGACGUGAAACCAGAAGACGUGGACCUGCUGAUGGACGUGAACGUCAAGGGAAUCGUAAAUGCCUCCCAGGUCGUAGCCAAGAAUAUAAUAGAGAGAAAAUGUGGUGGAAGCAUCGUGAACGUAUCGUCGCAAGCCAGUCAGGCAGCAUUGAAGGAUCAUGCAAUCUACUGUGCCUCAAAAGGUGCCGUAGACGCAUUAACAAAGGUCAUGGCUUUGGAAUUGGGGCCACGUAACAUCCGGGUGAACACCGUGAACCCCACAGUGGUCCUUACGGAAAUGGGUCGGCUGGGCUGGAGUGAUCCUAACAAAGCUCAGUCGAUGAUAAGUAAAAUACCUCUGGGUAGAUUUGCUGAAGUGGACGAGGUGGUAGAUGCAAUUGUCUACUUACUCAGCGAUAAGAGCAGCAUGGUCAAUGGUGUCGCUUUGCCGGUUGAUGGCGGAUUUCUUGCCACGUAGAGAGAAGUGCAAUGAUUGAAAAUCAAGUGGAUAAUAAAAAAACCGAUACAAUCAUUAAAUAUUCUCCUGAUAACGUGUGAAAUCUAACAAAAGUAAAAUUAUUAUGUUUUUCCA